GUUGAUAUCGUGGCCGCCCCCAUCAGAUACUCUGAGCGUGUUGUUGAGACCGAGACAGAGAACUACUUGCCCGGACAAAUUGCAUCACCCCUGGAGAUCGCUGGAAGCUAUUUUCAGUAACCUACCGAAGGCCGCUUACUUCCCAAAGCCUUGGGCCGAAAUUGGAUCCCAAGCUGGACACGGUCAACCGAGUCAAACAUCCGAAACACCCCGGAGUGCCCAGUGCCCUAGCCAUUCUAAUUCCCCCGAUUACUUCCUGCUCUUUGGGCGUCCACCGAGAUGUCGUCUAUGCGCGGUUUGGUGCAAUUUAUUGCCGAUUUAAGGAAUGCCCGAGCCAGAGAAUUGGAAGAGAAACGGAUAAACAAAGAAUUGGCGAAUAUACGGGUGGCUAACAAGAAAUAUGUUUGCAAGCUCCUCUACAUCUACAUCCUUGGAUGGAAUGUCGAUUUCGGCCACUUGGAGGCUGUUAACUUGAUAUCCGCUACGAAGUACUCCGAGAAACAAAUCGGAUACCUUGCCGUCACUCUGUUCCUCAACGAGAAACACGAUUUCUUACACUUGGUGGUGAAUAGCAUAAAGAAGGAUUUGCUGGACCACAAUGAGUUGAAUAACUGCCUAGCCCUGCAUGCCAUUGCAAAUGUUGGUGGUCGUGAGAUGGGAGAAGCAUUGAGUCCUGACGUUCAUCGAUUGUUGAUCUCGCCGACAUCGAAAUCAUUUGUCAAAAAGAAAGCGGCGUUAACGCUUCUCCGGCUUUACCGGAAAUAUCCUGGCAUCAUCCAAAACGAAUGGGCCGAGCGGAUAAUCUCAUUGAUGGAUGACCCUGAUCUUGGUGUUGCUCUUUCGGUCACUUCUCUUGUAAUGGCUUCGGUUCAGGACAACCCUGAUGUGUAUAAAGGCAGCUAUGUCAAGGCAGCACAUAGGUUAAAGCGGGUGGUUGUCGAUAAUGAGUACACGCCCGAUUAUGUCUACUACAAGGUUCCAUGUCCAUGGAUUCAGGUCAAGCUUUUGCGCUUGUUGCAAUAUUAUCCCCCAUCGGAUGAUAUAAAUACCCAAAAUAUGAUUCGGGAGUCUUUGCAAAGAAUUCUUGAUACGGCUUCCGAUGCCCCGAAAAAUGUGCAGCAGAAUAAUGCGCAGAAUGCUGUUCUAUUCGAGGCUAUCAACCUUGCAAUUCACCUAGACUCAGAAACCGGUCUCAUGACGCAAAUCGCUGUGCGUUUAGGAAGAUUUAUUGUUUCGAAGGAGACCAACGUGCGAUAUCUUGGACUUGAAGCAAUGACACAUCUUGCGGCUCGAUCGGAGACUCUAGAGCCAAUUAAAAAACACCAGAGUACAAUUAUAGCUUCUCUUCGAGAUCGUGAUAUUAGUGUGCGAAGAAAGGCAUUGGAUCUCCUUUAUAGCAUGUGCGACCCAACCAACUCUCAACCCAUCGUGUCCGAAUUGUUGAAAUACCUGCAGAGUGCCGAUUUUGCAAUCCGAGAAGAAAUGGUACUCAAAAUUGCAAUCCUCACAGAGAAAUAUGCUACCGAGUUUCGCUGGUAUGUUGAUAUCUCCCUGAGGCUGAUCAGCAUGGCCGGUGAUCAUGUGAGUGAUGAGGUAUGGCAACGGGUGAUCCAGAUCGUCACCAACAAUGAGGAGCUACAGGUGUAUGCUGCCCAGAAUAUCUUACAGCACGUCAAGGGAAUGCAGUGUCACGAAACUUUGGUCAAGAUUGGAGGUUACCUAUUGGGGGAGUUUGGUCAUUUGAUAGCCGAUAACCCGGGCUGUAGCCCGAUUGAACAGUUCAUGGCCCUUCAGUCGAAGUUUAAUGGAUGUUCCUCUGCCACCCGAGCGAUCCUUUUAUCAACUUACAUCAAAUUCAUAAACCUGUUCCCCGAAAUAAAACCCCAGCUGAUUCAAAUAUUCAACGCUUACAGCCACACACUCGACCCAGAGCUUCAGCAGCGUGCUUGUGAGUACUUAGCGCUCGCAUCACUUCCGUCUGAUGAUCUGUUACGUACUAAACAUGCCGGAACGAGCGAUAAACGGACGUGGGUCAUCGGAGGUAAGGAUGCAAACGCUGACAAAAAGGAAUUCGCCCUUACUCUCAACACUGGGCUUAAGCGGCCCUUCACGAAUGGCGCAGCGACCCCCACUGCAAGCGACGGAGGCUUGACGAGCCUUGCAAAGACUGCGGUGCUUGCUCCAGCCCAGGAGCUCGCCGGUUUGGAUCUGAAUGGUGAACCUCCGAAGAAGGCAGCCAUCAACCUUGCAAGCGCCACCCACCUGAGCCCUGAUUGGCAUCUUGGCUAUAAUCGCCUAGUGAUUCGCUCAGAAGGCGUUUUAUACGAGGAUGUGCAGAUUCAAGUAGGACUAAGGUCAGAAUACCGCACUAACAUGGGAUGUGUGAUCCUAUACUAUACCAACAAAUCUUCCGUAGCAAUUGGAUCUUUUACAGCUACAAUUAAUAAUAACUCCCCCGGACUAGUAACCAUUAUCACGCAAAACACGCCCGAUCCUAUUGUCCCCGCGGACGGCCAGAUUCAACAGACCCUAAUGUUAGAAAGUACAGGCGUCUUCCCCGAGGCACCAACAAUACGCAUUUCUUACCUCGCUGGUGCAUUACAAGCUCUGACUCUCAAACUGCCUGUGAUUCUUACAAAGUUCAUGGAGCCGGCGGACCUGUCGUCUGAGGACUUUUUCAAGAGGUGGAAGCAGAUUGGCGGGGCUCGUGAGGCCCAGAAAGUAUUCGGAAUAGCGGUUAAGGGUCACACGAUUGAGCUAUCGAGAACCAGGAAGGUCCUUGAGGGUUUCCGCUGGGGUGUAUUAGAUGGUGUGGAUCCUAACGGGAAGAAUUUUGUCGGAGCAAGCGUAUUACACACUACUGGUGGAAAGUUUGGCUGUCUAUUGAGGUUGGAGCCAAAUUUGGAGACUAAGAUGUACCGACUCACCAUCCGAGCAACAGACGAGGGGGUGCCUCCGCCAAUGCUCAGGGUUAUGGAGGACAAAUUAUCGUUGGGAUCGCCGCUACCGGACUAUAGUAAUGGGAAUUGAGAACAAUAUUUAAAUGAAUAGUCAGCACUUUUUCCUCCACCUUUUCCUCUGCUUUUUCGUUUGCAGCGUCCUCAGUCAAUUUGUUUGAGACCCGGCGCUGGAAUUUUGCUUUAUAGAUUUUUCUUGGUCUACGUUCAAUGGUGUGACGAGGGGAUCCGUGUGUGGGGGUAUUUCACUGGGGUUGGUGCCUGGGCAUGAGACUAAGAGCGGAUGGCGACGGGAUGUGAGGGAGGGAUUAUGCCUAUUUACAAUAGUACCUCAGCUCAAGGAGCGGGGGAAAGGGGGAAUCUCGGCAGCAAUCGCCGGUUAAUUAGGGUUAUAAUUAAUUUACCUUUGGCCAUUUCA